UGCAUCGGCGAUGGCAAUUCCGUGCGAUGCAGGAUUCCACCGCAUUUGUUAUUCGAGAUUUACUGACAAGCAACACAUUUUACGAGUAACUCAACGGAUGACGAAGAGCAGAGAAAUGGUUGCCAGCAGCUCUGCUUGUACAGGUAUAUGGAAGAGAAGCCUUCAACCCACUCCAGAGAUCCCACUACCUUCUAACCAUGGAUGGAAGAUGAAAAAUGGCAACCUUCUCAUCAAUUGGAUGACCCUUCCCCCAGCACCAGAUAGUGUCAUGGAGUUUGCCAACUGUUCUGGAAGUUGCACGAAGAACAAAUGCAGCGAUACCAACACCUGUACUUAUUGCAGAACACUGUUUCAUGUAUUGAUCUCUGUAAGUGUGCCAGAGAGAACUGUAACAAUAUAACUGGACAUGCUCACCUCGAUGAUGAAGAUGAAGAUGACGAGUUAUCUGAUCCUGAAGAAGAUUAGAGCAAUUAUUUGACUGUCUAUGAUUACAGUAGAGAGACUGGGGCCAUAUGCUUGAUAGCCAAGUAUAUUUUGUUUCUUUGAAGCACUUGUGUCGGGGAUUAUUUUUCUUAUUCAUAGUAUUACAGAAUCGCACAGAUGGACUUGAAAAGCUGCUUUUAUAAAUAUGUGAGUACAAAGACUUGCAUCAAUAAGCCACAGUGCUGCGUCAAUGAAACAAAAUAUACUUAAUAUACUAUGCAGGUUGUGCCAAUGGCCCAUUAUUGGUUUGCAUCAUUGUAUCCUGGAGAGAAAAGUUUAACAUAGAGUGGAUGGACUCUUUUGAUGUAGUUUGAUUUAAAUAACCUAAGGAAGUACUACAGUUAUUCUGGUACAAAAAGUUGUUUAUUCAUCUGCUGAUAUCCUCUAACAAAAACAAAUCAUCUACCAAUUGAAAAAGGUUAGUCAGAAAAUGGUGUAAUAUUCAGCAUCUUGCAAAUUGUCCAAGGCUCUUUACUCAAGCAUCCCGCUUUGAAUUCACUUGUAGCAUGAAUAACAUGUUGGACGACGUACUGCCUGUUAUACAGUAUACUAUGGGAUCGAAUAGUGGUUUUUCAACCUCGUACAGCAAAAAAACUAUAAAAAAAACUUGCUUCAAUCCCCACGGUAUACUGUAUCAAGUUUUUACUGCAAUGCAAUGUUAUGAAUUCAAAGCGGCAGGGUGCUUGAAGCAUUAGUAGCAUGAAUCACAUGUUGAACGACGAACUGCACAAUUCUGGCACGGUACCGCAGUACCUGAUAUACAGUUUACUGUGGGGUCGUACAGUGAUUUUUCAACCUCGUACAGCGAAAAACCUAUAAAAAAAUAUGCUUUAACCCCCCACAGUAUACUGUAUAUCAAGUUCUUAUUGCAAUGCCAUUUGGGGAACUCUAAGGCGGCGGGGUGCCUAUGCAUAUUGUGAGAUUUAUAGCGAUUUAUAGCGUUUGUAAUGAAAUUUACUUCAAUGAAUAUGAUUGGAAAGAUGUUAAAAGUAGAGAUAAUGAUCUACAAAAGUAUGCCCUGAAAAUGUGUGGGUUCCUUUUACCUUUUGCCAUUUUUGUGUCAAAAAUUGGACUCCACAAAAACGCUAACCUUUUUAGUUCUCACAAUAAAGGAAAACCACCCACUGUUAUGGCAUAUUUGUACAGGGUUAUGUACUUUGGCAGGUUUAAAACCUCAAUGUCACCCAUUGCAUAACGCGCAGCCCACUUGCAGAGGGUCUAGGCCAAUUUAGGGGUCAAAACAUGCACUAAGGUUAGGGAUGGUAUACAUGUUUACAUGCGCAUUGGUGUGUAAACACGUGUACCAUCCUUUUGCGCACAUUUCGACCCCUAUUGGCCGACAAAAAAAUAUUGAGUGCUUGGAGUGUUGUGGUUGAAACUUUGCAUCCAAUGGCGACCCCCAGAGCACUCUAUUUUUCCUCAGGCUACGCCUCCAAAGCUCACCGCUGGAGUUGGAGAUUUAACCAUAGCAGUCUGUAGUUGCAUAAUAUAGCACAC